AUGUCGCUAUGGGACCAGUUGUUUGGCAACUUGGAGCAGCCCAUUGCGCAGGUGCUACUGACGCGUAACGAUAUCGCGGAUAGGACACAGUACCAAAAUGCGCAAAAUACUUUUAUUGAGCUUCUGAGCAUGGGCGUCAUUCCGAUUGUGAAUGAGAACGAUACCUUGGCUGUUACGGAAAUCAAGUUUGGUGACAACGAUACGCUCAGUGCUAUUACUGCGGGUAUGGUACAGGCAGAUUACCUCUUCCUCAUGACGGACGUGGAUUGUUUGUACGACAAGAAUCCACGAUCCAACCCGGACGCAAAGGCAAUUACCGUAGUUGAGGAUAUUGCCGAGUUGGCGGCGGAUGUUAGUUCUGCAGGCAGUUCGCUGGGAACGGGUGGUAUGAGUACGAAGAUAGUGGCAGCAAGACUAGCCACCAGCGCGGGCGUUACUACCGUCAUCACCAAGAGUGACAAACCGGGCAACAUUUCAAGUAUCAUUGCACAUGCGGAAAAGCAGAGGAAGGCUCGGAUGUCCAGUCGAAACUCGGUGACAAACUUCCAAGACGACAGCGCCCUUGCACAAUCCACAUCUCAAGAGUCGCACCAUCAGGAUCUUUCGGCCUCAACAUCCACACUCGGUGACCAGCAAGUAGCACGAACUUCGUCCCCGAAAAUCGAAGAGCCCGUCCCCCUACACACACGCUUCCUCCCCAUCUCCAACCCCAUCCGCGACCGUUACUUCUGGAUCCUCCACGGCCUCGCACCCCAUGGCACCAUCUACAUCGACCAAGGCGCAUGGGCCGCACUAAGCGACAAAGCCGGCCUCCUCCCCGUCGGCAUCGUAGAAGUAGACGGCCACUUUGCCCAACAAGAAGCCGUCCGCAUCGUCGUAGUAAAACGACUCCAAAAUACGCACCACAACCCCAAAUCCCCCACCACCUCAACACCUCCCCAACAAGCAAACACGCCCGGCGCCCUCGCUCAUGGCGUCCACGCCCCAAUCCCCAUUCGCCACCCACUCAUACAUUCAAACUCCUCCCACUCCAUCCACAAUCCCUCUUCGCACUCUCACUCUCAUUCCCACUCCCACUCCCACUCUCGCUCUUCCACACCGCACCCGCCCAACUACGAACUCCACAAUCCCGCCCCCAUUGAAAUCGGACGCGCGGUUGUCAACUACUCAGCUACGGAGAUUAGACGCAUCAAAGGGUUGCACAGCACGCAAAUUAGUGAGGCAUUGGGGUAUGCGGAUAGCGAGUAUAUUGCGUUGAGGGAGAAUAUUGCCUUCUUUGGGGGUGAAAGGUCGAGGCCUGGGACACCGGAUUUUAGGAGUGGGAAGGGGGGUGGGAGUGGGAAUGGAAAUGGUGGGGAGGAGGUGCAUUAA